AAUAAAGAAGAAAGGAAACUUACCAAUUCCUUUUUGGAGAGGCUUUAUGAGGGGAUUAGGUUAAGAAGGGAAAGAAAAUUGGGAAGAGCAUUUUUGCUCUUGGCUACCGUGGGAUUCAAGAGAGGAAGAGAGAGAGAGAAAGGAAGGGCUGCCAUUUUCUAGAGAGAAGGAAGAAGAAAAAAGAAAGAGAAGGAGAAGAAGAAGAGGGUUUUGAACCCUAGGUGACCAGGGUUUUCUUGCUAGAGUGUUCUUGAUUCAACAAUCAAGAGAGUAGUUUUAAGUAUGGCUGUCUACUCCCAUCCUUUCUCAACUUUCGAUGGAGAAACUAACUGGAGAAAAAUUCCUUAAAUGGAAGCAAAACAUCAACAUUGUGUUGAUUGGUGACAACUCUGAAUUCGUCAUGACUGAGGAAUCCCCAGAACGAGCACCGUGUCCGCACAUUCAUGAUGGCACCGUAAAUGCUUGGAUAGCACCAACUCCCCACAUACGUGAUGACACCAUGAGUGCUCGAAUGGCAUCGUGUUCGUACGUUCGUGAUGAACUCAACUAUGUUCUAAACGAUCUUCAAAUUUUUGAGCCUAUCAUGGAUGGACCUAGUAAAGGAGGAGAAAAUAAGAUUACUGUUGUUGCUGCUGAUCCAACUAAGGCUGAAGCUCCCCUAUCUUCGUCUUCGAAAGCUGGAAACAAGAGGAAAGGUGGACAAAUAAACAUCCCUAAGCAUGCAAAGGCUGCAAAGACGAGUGCACAACCAAAUGCACAGAUUCCUAAGGGGAAGAACAAGAAAAACAAGAAAGGUAUAGAUAAGUGUUUUCACUACAAAGAGAAGGGGCAUUGGAAACGAGAUUGCCCCAAGUUUCUAGCAGUGAAAAACAAAGCUUCUUGAAUUGUGGGAGGAGGUGGGCGAAGGCGGUUUAAUGCUUAGAGUUGGGAACGGAGCGUUCGCUGUGGUCCAAGCUUGAGGAAGAGCUCGUUUGAAGUUCAGAAAUAAAUUUUUAAUUUUCAAGGAUGUAUUUUUAUUUCGGAUUUUAGUAGAAAUUUAAUUUCGGUAUCCAUGUUGCAAUUAGAACG